AUGUCGAUUUUGAUCAUGAAGGUGGACCUCGAUGAACCGAAUUAUUUGCACCAAGUUUUUUCACAGGAAAUUCCAAACUCAUUCUUCGCCGAUUUGGACCACAACGAGUUGGACAGCUUUGGCCUGACAUGUAGACGGAGUCAGGAUGAAAAGAAGGCAUUCUUACGCAGGUUGUUAAAAGUAGAGUCCGUCCUUGUGCGAUUCUUUUCUCCUGAGGAAAUAUGUCAGUUCCAUGACAUUCAGGCAGUCAACGACAGGACUUCUCUUUUCCGUCGCGAAGCUACCAGUUUUUCUCUCGGGAAAGCUACGACACCGAUCUGGACACGUACUGUGUGCUUAGGGACGGACUUUGAACGAGUUAUAGAAAUAGAAGACCAUGUCAAUAGGGAAGAAACAGAAUAUGGAGAUGAUAGUAUCGUUGAAGUUUGGGACUUCCAGAACAGUCAGCUGAAGAUGAUUCAACUCAUUGCAGCGUGGCACAGCGCUGUGGAAGUAAUACUGUGUUUUCACUCAAUGUGCGUUAUGAACUUUAUUUCACAUCGGGCAGCGUAUUCGCUGUUUCCACAGACAACAUUCAAAGAUAAAGCAACACUUAUCCUCGAUAACGGGUACUCAUCAGCGGGAUCAGCAGCAGGUGUUGAAAAAUAUGUUCGUCGAGGGUUAAAGAUGAUGAAAUCACCAUCAGUGGCACAUAUGCUGGAUCCAACACUGGAUGUUGUCGCGGUGAGCCCCAGAUUUGUGAAUGAUUCAAGGACGUGGCGUGUCCCUAUUGAAUACCAUGGGCGAAUGAAACCUCAGCCAGAUUUUGCAGAAGCAAACAGCUUCGAAAUGGUGUAUCAACAAGAUACGAAUAAGAUCUUGUGGACGGUGAUUACAGGACCUGGGCUCGUACACACGUAUAUCGCAGCACCUAGCGAUUGGGCAUUUAUGAAGUCAAGCUUAUCUGCAAUACAAGAUCUCAUGGACGAUGGGAUAUUGCAGAGGGACGUUGGCAUGCUGACUUUUCAGCGUCUGAACCCAUCACGGAGGACAAGUUAUGUGUGGGACGAUGUAGCACUCAACGUUACAUGA